AGUCACUGAAUGAGGGAACUUGAGUGAACUUACAUAUUGAUAAUACUAUAAUACAUACUUUACAAAGUAAUGAUUAUUAAAAUAUUAGAUCUAGAUUCUAGAUUUAGAUCUAAAUAGAAUCUAAUUUGAAUAUAUAUGAAACCACUGGCCCGCAAGUGAAGUAGUUCACCUGUUUCUGUGACCUCAGCAUCUGAAAGGAUUUUGUGGUCAGCACUUUGACCAGCUGCCUUUACUUUUUGCCAAAUUAAAAAAUUAUGCCAUAAUUAGUACUAAUUACUAAUUGGAGUUAGGUACCCAUUCAUUAGAGCUGGGUGGAAUCAGGGAUGUUCGACUGAUUGUACUCUGAUUUGAACUUUACUUUAGACCUUCAGAUUAGCAGUCUAGAAAUUCUAGUAAUGCAGGCUUACUACUAUCUAUCUAUAUAUAUAAUUAUUUUCUUGGAGACAUUAGAAAACACCAAGCUGUAAGCGUGCCUUGCAGUCCCCUCUCUUCCUCUCUAGGAAGGGGUUGGGGGAGAAGAGGGGGGUAUCGUCCUUAACGACCAUCUGAUAGUGUUUUAAAGCAAAUAUUUUCAGUGGCAGCAUUGGUACUGUCGAAUUCACAAAUUAUGAAUUACUGAAAAGUAGAAAAUAAAACAACUAAAUAGCAGCGUAUGAUAGGCUGCGGGUCGGCUUGUACUAUAGUAUUACAGUGACAAUUUGAAACUGAAAAAUAGUCACCAUUCAUCAUGCAAUUUGUGAAGGGGGCAUCAUGGUGUCUAACCAAAGCCAUAAAGACAAACAUGAAGUUUGAGAAAUUUAAAGCAUUACUCAACUACAGAUGUCUGAGUACUGAUUCAGGGGUUGAAAAUAACAAGAAGCCAUUGGUUGCUAUAGUGGGCAGUGGACCUGCAGGCUUCUACACGGCUCAACAGCUGCUGAAGGGAAAUCCCAAUGUACUUGUUGACAUUUAUGAAAAACUUCCAGUUCCUUUUGGGCUUGUAAGGUUUGGAGUGGCUCCAGAUCACCCAGAAGUCAAGAAUGUUAUCCACACAUUUACUCAAACUGCCAACAAUGAUCGAUGUAGUUUUCUGGGAAAUGUGGAAGUUGGAAAAGAUGUCACUCUUCAAGAUUUAAGAAAAAUCUACUCAGCGGUUGUGUUGUGCUAUGGUGCUGCAGAUGAUAGACUCUUAGGAAUUCCUGGAGAAGAUUUGCCAAAUGUUUUAUCUGCAAGGUCAUUUGUUGGUUGGUAUAAUGGACUCCCUCAAGACAAACAUCUUCAAGUGGAUUUAGACUGUGAAGCUGCUGUUGUUAUUGGACAUGGCAAUGUGGCACUGGAUGUAGCCAGAGUUCUCUUGACUCCUGUUGGGAUAUUAGAGAAAACAGAUAUCACAGAGCACGCCCUAGAGGCCCUCACAAAGAGCCGGAUCAAAAAGGUGUAUGUUGUCGGCAGGAGGGGGCCUCUGCAGGUAGCUUUCACCAUAAAGGAGUUAAGAGAGAUGGUGAACUUACCUGACACUAGAACCAUUCUACAGCCUGAUGAUCUGGUCGGUUGUGACAAAAUUAUUGAAGAACUGCCAAGACCUCGGCGUCGCCUUACAGAGCUUAUGGUUAAAAGUGCUCUUUCUCCAAGUGCUGACAAUUUGAAACAUUGGGCAGAUGCAAGUAGAGAAUGGAGGCUGGUGUUUAAAAGAAGUCCAGUGAGCAUCAAAUCCAGUUCUAGUGGCAAACUGGCAGGUGUGGAGUUUGUCGUCAACAAGUUGGAGGGUGAUAUUCCAGAAAAACAAAAGGUUGUGGCCACAGACUUGAAAGAGACUAUAGAAUGUGGAUUGGUGCUUAGAAGUAUAGGUUACCGCAGUUUGUCCAUUGAUGGUUCUGUGCCUUUUAAUACAGCCAAAGGGGUUGUUGAUCAUGAAAAUUCUAGAGUCCGUAAUGAAAAAGGUCUGUAUUGUGCUGGUUGGGUUGGCAAUGGUCCAGUGGGUGUGAUAUUGGGAACUAUGACUGAUGGUUUUGAGACAGGAAAAGUUAUCUUGCAAGACAUCAACAGUGGAUCGCUGGAGAGUAAAGAGACUUCAAACAGAGAUAAUUUGAUUGGGAAUAUAAAAAGUAAAGCUGUGACAUUUUCUGAAUGGGAAAAAAUUGAUCAGGCAGAAGUGGAUGCAGGGACAAAAAAAGGCAAACUGAGAGAAAAAUUUACAGACAUUGAGGAAAUGAUUAGAACUGCCAAAGUGUGAGAUGUUAAUAUAAGAUGGAAUGUAGUGAUGUCUUAAGAUAUUUUUGCCACGAAAGUACUGAUGUGUUAGGAUAUUUGUGAAUGGAAAAUAGAGAUGUUUGAAGAUAUUUAUACUGAAAGAUGACAAGAAUAUUCUAAAGAAAUGUAUUGGAUUGGAUUUUUAAAAAUUGCAUUUAAAUUAUCAAUUUAAGGCUACCAUUGAAUUGUGUUCUUCAGAAAUUCAUGGUGUUUGACUGGAUUGUUUUUUUAAAAAAAAGAAAUUGAAAUAAUUGAAUUGUUUUCACAAUGUCCUUAAACUUCUGAAUUUAUUCUUGAUUUUCCAAAUGUUUCCUCUACAUGUGGUUCGGGCUAUCAGUUUAAGCCGACUUUUAUUUCUGUGACCAGAAAAAAGAUUUUUUUUCAGACAAUAUCUAAAAAUAUUGUUGCAUUUUCCUCUGUAUAAUCUAUUGACAAUAAAUGUACAUCCUUUAUAAGAAUCUCGACUAAUGCUAUUUAUUUAAUGUUUAAAAUGUAUUUAUUGUUCCACUACAUUAAAAAUUAUGGGACGGAGUGGUCUAGCGGUAGAGAGCUGGACUUCUAAUUAUAAGUAUCGAGUUCGAAUCUGGGUUCAAGUCAGUAGACCGACCCUGAGUCCAUCCAGCUCUGAUGGGUACCUAACUCACGUUAGGGAAAGUAAAGGCUGCUGGGCAUAGUGCUGACCACACUAUCUCUUCAUAUGCCGAGGUUACAGAAACAAGUGAACUAUACUUCACUUUCCCCAUAGACCGUCAGGUUUGAAAAGGGAACUUUACUUACAUUAAAAAUAGAUUUGAUAAAACAGCUGUUAGAGGAAAUAAAAGGUCAUCUAUGGGAUGUAAUUUUAGAUGCUUUUUUCCCCCCUACCUAUGCCAAAAUUUUCAAGCUGUGUUCUUAUUCAUAGAAAGUUAAAUGUUUUCAAAAAGUAGGCUUUAGCAUGUUUUUAUCCACCCUAUUCUCAUUCUGCAUAUUGUUACGGGUCAAAGAACCCCAAAAUGUGUGAGGUUAUUCAUGGAUGACCCCUAUCAGCAAUACCGUUCUUGAUUACAAUUAAUAGUGACCUAAAGAAUUAGCCGUCCUUAAUCUGUCUUCUGGGAUCCCCCCCUACUAAAAACGAUGUCACACUUAAGCCUACUCCCCUUCCAAAAUUAGUAUUUUUUUAAAAUCAUCCGUUUGAUUCUAAAAUACUAAGCUGGGUCAAGAUUACAUCACUCUUUCUACACCUUCUGCCUUUGAGAUGUCAUUUUAUACAAUAAUUGGCCUUUGGGGACCAAUAUUUAAAAAGAAAAUUGUCUAAUUGAUUGAAGUGUUAAAAUUAGACUUAAACUCGGCUAGAAAUGUAUAUUUAUAGCACACAUUUUUUAUUUUGAAACAGAAAAUUAAUUUUAAAAUGUUUAUGUUUUAAACCAAUUGUUCCUAGUCAACUUUUUUGAUUCGCCAGAGUUUCUUUUGAUGACCAAAGAUUUUCUUCACUGUGUGAAAUGUAAUCAGAUGAAUUAAAACUGUAACCUGUAUGCCAGUGUUAAAUUUUCAGUGUUAUAAAUUGAUUGAGUUGCCCGAAUUGAACAAGAU